AUGUCAACUACCUUUCCAGGUCUCGUCCACGAUGCAGAGAUACGUCAUGACGGAUCAAACAGUUACCGUUUGAUGCAGCUUGGAUGCCUGGAAUCUGUGGCCAACUCGACCGUCGCCUAUUCCUCCUCAUCUCCUCUCACUUACUCUACCACGGGCACCGAGUUCGCCUCCCCGUACUUCUCCACUAACCACCAGUACACCCCACUGCACCACCAGUCCUUCCACUACGAGUUCCAACACAGCCACCCGGCAGUCAACCCCGACGCUUACUCCUUGAACUCUCUCCAUCACUCCCAGCAAUAUUACCAGCAGAUUCACCAUGGGGAACCCACUGAUUUUAUCAACCUGCACAAUGCGCGGGCGCUUAAGUCCUCUUGCUUGGAUGAGCAGAGGAGAGAGCUGGGGUGCUUAGAUGCUUACCGCCGCCACGACCUGUCUCUUAUGAGCCAUGGAUCCCAAUAUGGGAUGCAUCCAGAUCAAAGACUCCUGCCAGGACCAAGCCUCGGGCUUGCAGCCUCGGGAGCAGACGAUUUGCAGAGCUCAGUGGAGGCCCAGUGUGGACUGGUACUGAACGGGCAAGGAGGUGUGAUAAGAAGAGGUGGCACCUGUGUUGUUAACCCCACCGACCUGUUCUGCUCUGUUCCUGGUCGCUUAUCUCUACUCAGCUCCACUUCAAAGUACAAAGUGACCAUUGCAGAGGUGAAGAGGCGCCUUUCCCCACCAGAAUGCCUCAAUGCUUCCCUCUUAGGAGGUAUUUUGAGAAGAGCAAAAUCCAAGAAUGGAGGACGCUGCUUGCGAGAAAAAUUAGACAGACUGGGACUGAAUUUGCCUGCAGGAAGAAGAAAAGCAGCAAAUGUCACACUCUUGACUUCCUUGGUAGAAGGGGAAGCAUUACAUUUGGCCAGGGAUUUUGGCUACACCUGUGAAACAGAAUUCCCUGCCAAGGCGGUAGGAGAGCACAUUGCAAGACAGCACAUGGAACAGAAAGAGCAGACAGCAAGGAAAAAGAUGAUCCUAGCGACAAAACAAAUAUGUAAAGAAUUCCAAGACCUUCUAAGUCAAGACAGAUCACCCCUCGGAUCCUCCAGACCGACUCCAAUACUAGACCUCGACAUCCAGAGACAUUUAACACAUUUCAGCUUGAUCACUCACGGUUUUGGAACUCCUGCAAUAUGUGCUGCUCUAAGCACUUUCCAAACUGUUCUCAGUGAAAUGCUGAACUACUUGGAAAAGCACACAUCGCACAAAAACGGAGGAGCAGCAGAAUCCGGCCAAGGACACGGCAACUCAGAGAAAGCCCCCCUGCGGAAAACUUCAGAGGCUGCUGUGAAAGAGGGCAAAACAGAAAAGACAGACUAGCUACAUCAAACAGAAUCUAUUUCAAGAAGAGUCUUGCUGCUGAUAUUUUUUUUAAAUAUAUAUAUCAU